ACGAAAUUCCUUCUUCCCCCUUUUUCUUUUCUUCCAAACAGGUAAACUACGAGAAAAUCUUGGUACAUUGGCUGGCGGUGGUGCUCUUUGGUCGUCAUCUAUGAUGGUUCGGGGGGACAACCCGGCGAGGGGCCGAUUUUGGCCCCAAAUGCUAAUGGCUGUUGCCAUUGUUGUUUUUGCUAGUAAUGUAGGUUCAGCGUCUGCUGAUCCUUAUAUUUAUUCUUCGCCUCCUCCUCCUUAUGAGUACAAAUCACCAUCACCACCUUCUCCUUCUCCACCGCCGCCUUAUGUGUAUAAAUCUCCACCACCACCACCACCAUCGCCUUCUCCACCACCUCCUUAUGAGUACAAGUCCCCUCCACCACCACCAAAACACGAAGAGAAGCCAUAUUAUUAUAAGUCCCCACCACCACCAUCACCUUCUCCCCCACCUCCUUACGAGUACAAGUCUCCUCCACCACCAAAGCACGAGGAGAAGCCCCCCUACUACUACAAGUCUCCUCCACCACCUUCACCAUCCCCGCCACCUCCAUACGUCUAUAAGUCUCCACCACCACCACCUAAACACGAGGAGCAGCCUCCGUACUACUACAAGUCCCCACCACCACCUUCACCAUCCCCGCCACCUCCAUACGUCUAUAAAUCUCCACCACCACCACCGAAACAUGUAGAGCAGCCUCCAUACUACUACAAGUCUCCUCCACCACCUUCACCAUCCCCACCACCUCCAUACGUCUACAAGUCUCCACCACCACCACCUAAACACGAGGAACAGCCCCCGUAUUACUACAAGUCCCCACCACCACCUUCACCAUCCCCACCACCUCCAUAUUAUUACAAGUCUCCACCACCGCCUUCACCAUCGCCACCACCUCCAUAUGUAUACAAGUCUCCACCACCGCCACCAAAGCACGAAGAGCAACCUCCAUACUACUACAAGUCUCCACCACCACCGGUGAAAUCUCCUCCUUAUUACUACAAUUCUCCACCACCACCAACUCCUUAUUACCCACACCCUCAACCUCACCCCCACCCGCACCCCCAUCCCCUCAUUGUCAAGGUGAUCGGAAAAGUUUACUGCUACAGAUGCUAUGACUGGACCUAUCCAGUGAAGUCACACAACAAGAAACAUCUCAAAGGUGCUGUCGUGGAAGUGACAUGCAAAGCUGGAGAAAAGGAAAUCACUGUCUACGACAAGACCAGAAUCAAUGGCAAAUACAGCGUUGCUGUUCCUGGGUUUGACUAUGCCAAAUAUGGAGCCGACGCUUGCACGGCCAAGCUCCAUGCCCCACCCAAGGGUUCACCAUGCAACAUAGCCACGAGCCUACACAAGGGCGACAAGGGUGCCGAGCUCAAGGUCUAUUCAAAGGACAAGUACGAGGUUGUGCUCAAGGCUAAGCCGUUUGCUUAUGCUCCCAAGAAACCAUACAAGGGAUGUGAGAAGCCGAAACCGAAGCAUCCGACUCCGUACUACUAUAAAUCUCCACUGCCACCGUCACCUCUUUACGUCUACAAGUCACCACCUCCACCGGCUCCUACUUAUGUAUACAAGUCUUCACCACCACCAAGUCCCACCUAUGUUUACAAGUCACCACCUCCUCCGCCGUAUUACUACAAGUCUCCACCACCACCGAAGCAUGUUGUGAACCCCCCGUACUACUACAAGUCUCCACCACCACCGAGUCCCAUUUACGUUUACAAGUCACCACCACCACCGACGCCCACCUAUGUUUACAAGUCACCACCUCCACCACCAUACUACUACAAAUCUCCACCACCACCGAAGCAUGUAGAGAUUCCCCCGUACUACUACAAAUCCCCACCACCACCAAGCCCCACAUACAUUUACAAGUCACCACCACCACCAACACCUACCUAUGUUUACAAGUCACCACCUCCACCACCAUACUACUACAAAUCUCCACCACCACCGAAGCAUGUAGAGAAUCCCCCGUACUACUACAAGUCCCCACCACCACCAAGCCCCACAUACGUUUACAAGUCACCACCACCACCAACACCCACCUAUGUUUACAAGUCACCACCUCCUCCCCCGUACUACUACAAGUCUCCACCACCACCGAAGCAUGUAGAGAAUCCCCCAUACUACUACAAGUCCCCACCACCACCAAAACACGUCGAAAAACCACCAUACUACUACAACUCUCCACCACCACCAAGCCCCACCUAUGUUUACAAGUCACCACCACCUCCUCCGUACUACUACAAAUCUCCACCACCACCAGUCCACUCUCCACCACCACCAUACUAUUACAAGUCCCCACCUCCACCACCAAAACACGAAGAACAACCUCCAUACUACUACAAAUCUCCUCCCCCACCAUCGCCAUCUCCUCCUCCACCAUAUUACUACAAAUCCCCGCCACCACCAGUACACUCUCCACCUUCACCAUACUACUACAAGUCCCCACCGCCAUCACCACCAAAACACGAAGAGCAACCACCGUACUACUACAAAUCACCUCCACCACCAUCACUGUCUCCUCCUCCACCAUACUAUUACAAAUCACCUCCACCACCAGUCCAUUCUCCACCUCCACCAUACUACUACAAGUCCCCACCACCACCGCCAAAACACAAAGAGCAACCCCCAUACUACUACAAAUCUCCUCCACCACCAUUGUCAUCUCCUCCUCCACCAUAUUAUUACAAGUCUCCACCACCACCAGCCCACUCUCCACCUCCACCUUACUACUACAAAUCACCCCCACCUCCAUCGCGGUUUCCUCCAUCACCAUAUUACUACAAAUCCCCACCACCUCCAUCUCCUUCACCACCCCCACCAUACUACUACAAAUCACCCCCACCACCGGUUUAUUCUCCACCACCACCAUACUACUACAAGUCUCCCCCACCUCCAGUAGAAGUUCCAGCACCAACUUACCAUUACAAGUCCCCACCACCACCAUCUCCUUUACCACCACCAUCUCCUUUACCACCACCAUACUACUACAAGUCACCCCCACCUCCAGUGAAGGCCCCAGCACCUGCAUACCACUACAAUUCCCCUCCUCCACCAUCACCAUCUCCUCCUCUCCCAUACCACUACAAAUCUCCCCCACCACCAUCUCCCUCACCCCCUCCCCCAUACUACUACCACUCACCUCCUCCACCAGUGAAAUCACCUCCACCUCCGGUCUACAUUUACGCUUCUCCACCACCACCAAUCCCCUACUAGAUCUGAAAAGAUCAACAGCUCACCGUUCAUGUUCUAGUUUCACA